CGUCCCGCUGCAGGAUGAAGCAGACAGCUGUGAGAAUCUGAUAAUAUCCCUUGUGCACAUUCUUCCAUCAUUUAGUUGGGUCUAAGAAGAGCGAGCAGCUUCCACACUGAGAAAUUAAGAGUAAAACUGCUGUCGCCAUGUCCUUCCGGAGGCUUUGGAGCACCCCGAAAGCAAUGGGGGACGUCAACAUGGUGACAGAGGAGCUGAAGAAUCUUUAUUACAAGCGGCUGCUGCCAGUAGAAAAAUACUAUUCUUUCCAUCACUUUCACUCACCAAGCUAUGAGGACGCAGACUUUGACAACAAACCGAUGGUGCUGGUGAUGGGUCAGUACUCAACAGGAAAGACUACUUUUAUCAGGUAUCUCAUAGAGCAAGAUUUUCUUGGUAGCAGAGUUGGGCCAGAGCCAACCACUGACUGCUUCACUGCCCUCAUGUAUGGAGAAGUCGAGGGAAUCAUCCCUGGGAAUGCCCUCACGAUGGACCCGAAAAAGCCCUUUCGCAACCUCGACCCUUUUGGAAAUUCGUUUCUGAACAGGUUUCAGUGUGUUCAGAUGCCAAAUCAGAUCCUUGAGAGUAUCAGCAUAAUUGACACGCCAGGCAUCUUGACUGCUGCUAAAAGAAAACUGAGCCGAGGCUAUGACUUCGCAGCAGUGCUGCGCUGGUUUGCAGAGCGUGUCGAUCGGAUCAUCCUGCUGUUUGACGCGCAUAAGCUGGAGUUUUCUGAUGAGCUCACACGAGCAUUCGGGGCCCUGUGCGGUUAUGAGGACAAGUUGCGUGUGGUUCUCAACAAAGCUGACAGGGUGGACUCUCAGCAUCUGAUGAGAGUGUAUGGCGCCCUCAUGUGGUCACUGGGAAAAGUGUUUCGAACCCCUGAGAUUUUACGGGUUUACAUCGGAUCCUUCUGGUCAGAGCCGAGGCAGAUGUGCGACCACUACCAGCUGAUAGAGUUGGAGGAGGAGGAUUUGUUGGCCGAUAUAAGGAACCUGCCACGCAACGCUGCAGUACGCAAGCUGAAUGACCUGGUGAAGAGGGCGCGCUUAGUGAGGGCUCAUGCACACAUUAUCAGCUAUCUGAAGCAGGAGAUGCCAACCAUUUUUUGUAGAGAAAGCAAGAAGCAUAAUCUGAUCUACCAGCUUCCCGUGAUUUUUAACAAGAUUCAGCAGCAGCAUCGUGUCCCAGCUGGCGAUUUCCCCGACUGCACAAAGAUGCAGGAGAAACUUUUGGGGCAAGACUUCUCAAAGUUCAAGAAGCUGAAACCGAGUCUUAUGGCCUCCUUGGAUAAACUCCUCAGCACUGACAUCGCCAAGCUGGUCCCCUACAUCCAACAACAAGAACAGAGAAAGAGAUCCCUCCACGGAGUGCUGGACGGGGAAUUUUUGAGAACAUUCAAGCCCGAGCAUUACAGCAGAGACCCGUUCAAAGAACCUCCCGUAGAUGAGGGGAGCGAGCUAGAUUUCGAUGAGUGGGUAGUGGAGAAAUACAAACCCAAAUACGAUGAGAUUUUCUACAACCUCAGUCCAACUGAGGGCAAACUUAGCGGAACCAAAGUCAAAGAGUGGAUGACAAAGACUCUUCUGCCCAACUCUGUGCUCGCCCACAUCUGGAGGCUGUCCGAUGUAGACGGGGAUGGCAUGCUGGACGAUGAGGAGUUUGCUUUGGCGGUCCACCUCAUCGAGGAGAAAGUGGAGGGCCACUGGCUCCCCAGAGAGCUGCCUCCACACCUGGUGCCACCAUCAAAACGGCUAAGUGAAGCAAGCGACGUGUCGGUGUGAACUUGUCAUCCAAAGGAAACGGAAAGCUGAGAACGUGUAUUCAUUACAAGUAAAAUUAAUGUAGAUUUUUGACAAUGUUGGCAGUUUGAGUACUAUGAAAACUGAAGUGUGUGUGUGUGUGUGUGUGUGUGUGUGUGUGCAAACCUGAAAACGUAUUAACAGCUGACACAACCUAAUGCUUACUGUUACUGGUUAUGAAUGAUUUGAUUUUGAAGUAUUAUUCACACUUUUUUUGACAACUACGUUAUUAUUGUCAUCUUAUAA